CCGUUAAGUUCUUCUUCCCUUCGUCUUCUCUCUCGAAGCUUGACGCCCUUCUUUCGCCUUGCCACCUCUCUCUUCGUUGUCAAUUGCCGGUCCUCGAUCCCCCAGAUGGACCGUGGAUCGGCUUCCCAAAACUCCCGCAUGGUGGAGGAGGUCUUCCGCGACAUCAAGAACCGGCGAGCUGGCAUCCUCAAGGCCCUCACCACCGAUUUCGAGGACUUCUAUCAGCAAUGCGAUCCUGCAAAAGAAAAUCUGUGUCUCUAUGGAUAUCCAGAUGAGCAGUGGGAGGUUAGUUUACCUGCAGAAGAAGUUCCUCCAGAGAUUCCAGAGCCUGUUUUGGGCAUUAACUUUGCUAGAGAUGGAAUGGAAAAGAAACCCUGGUUAUCUUUGGUUGCUUUACACAGUGAUGCAUGGUUACUUGCCUUGUCAUCUUAUUUCAGUGGCAGGUUUCAGUUUGAUAAAAAACAUAGGAAGCUUUUAUUAGAUAUGAUAGCUGAUUUGCCUACCAUUUGUGAAGUUGUAAAUGGAAAGAUUCAGGAUAAGACCUCUGGCUCUAAACAGAAAAAAUUGGUACGAACAUUUAGAUGCUAUAUCAUGUAUGAAAUUUCCUUAAUUCUGUAUGCACUUUGAGAUUUCAAUAGGAAGUCUCAACCAAUUAUCAAACAAGUGCAUCUUAUAUAUUAGGUUUCAAUAGAUACAGCAUCACUCUUUCCUCUGUUCAGCCAUGAAUAAAGUUCAUGAUCGUCAAUAUAUAAGGGAGUGUGUAGCUGAGAUUGAUUAUGGUUGAAGUUCAUCGGACUCAUAUCCUUCAUAAUAUUGUCGUUUUGAAGCAUUAUUUAUUGGUCAGUCACAUCAGAGCUUCAUGAUUGUGUAUUUCUCUGGCAAUGCUUGUUCCAGUUCCAAUUAUUCAAAUGUAAGUGUAACAUCUAGUGAUGAAGGAAGAAAUAUGUUGGGUGUACAGAAAAAAUAUAUUGAAUACCAAAUAACAGAGGAGCAUUAUUUAAUCUAGGUUAUGAAAAUUAUGGGCUUGAUCUGACUUAGAUACUACAAGAAUUGAUGCCCCUAUUCAGUGCACAAAUAUUAGUAUUGAUAAGAUAUAUCAUUAUUUAAUCUAUUUGUUAUAUAUUUAUAAUUUGUUUCUUUAAAAUUUUAACUCAUUGACUAUUAGUUACUAUAGUUCUAUUUUUUUAAUGGAAGUAAACAAACUGAGUGAAGAGAAUUUAAGGAUUAAAACCCAUCCAAAUUGAUCCUGAUGCAUUUUGACACGUGUUGAGCAUGUUAAGUGAUGUGUCUGUCUGAGAACCCAAAUCCACCGCAGAACAAUAUAUGGAAAAACCUUGAUUGCGUUGUAGAAAAUAAUAAAUUUAUUCUUAAAAGAUAACAAUAACAUCUUCAUUAUUUGACUUGUAAGUAAUUGAAGCUAGCAAUGAUUUCCUUGAGUCUAUUGGAUUAGUCAUAUGCAUCAAGCUUUCUCGUUUGUUGUUCUCAUUCAUUAUUUCAUUGUUAGUUUAAAUGUUGAUUGACAAGUUAGACAAACAUUAGCUUCGAUAAAAUUAAAAGCACCAUGGACAUUUGCAUUUUUUUUGGGGGUAUUUUUUAACUGAUUAACAAUCAAAUUGAAAAUGAUGGAUCAUAAUAUUAUUAAACAUGCUUAAGUUUCUCUAGCAUAAUGGCCAGCGGUCGAUUCUUAGGAACUAAUGACCUGGGGUUUACUCCACCAUGCGUCUAACGCCUGUGUACUUACAUUUACCUCCCUCCAAAUCCGUGGGGUCGACACUAGGAGGGCCGUUAAUAUAGUGGAUCUACAUUUUAUUAAACAUGCUUAAGUUUAAAAUGCUCUAAUAAAUAUCCUAUUCAACAUUUAUUUUAGCCUGUGUUGUGGCAAACACAUCUUUUGAAUUUUUAAUAAAGCUUCUUGAGAAAAAAAGGGAUUCCUCCAUUAUCAAUAUUUAUAGAGUUGUAUCUCCCUUGGACAUGACGUUUUGUUACCUCUCAGCAAUUUGUUAAUGCAAUUUACUCAAUUUAUUUGACUCUAUAGUCCCACAAAUUUGUUUGUCAUGAAAAUUAGAGAAAAGAAUAAUUAAGAAAUGUUAAUGUUUGAGGGUUUAUUUGGUGCUUUUUAUUCAAUUCAAUGUCUGCAAGAACUGGAUGGUUUAGUCAAUAAAGAAUGACCUGGUCAUCUGGAAGGAAAUACAAUUAUUAUUGUUUCUAAGACAAGAUGAAAUGACAAUACAAACAGUGGUUUCUAGUUUGCUAUUUGGGUUUGAGUACAUAAAUAAUUGAGCUAACAAUAGGAUAGUAUCUAACUGAAACAUGGAUUGAAAUCUCAUUCUUUGUGUCAAUCAAUAUGGGUGAAACUUGUUCUGCUUGUUGAUCGACACAUGGAACAACCUCGAGAUUGCAGCAUGAUGAUAGGCAAUGUUCAUGCAAAGGCUUCACAAUGUUGACGAGGUCGUGUGACAUCUGUGAGUCAAGUGUUAUGGCUCUUCUUCUCCUAGGUUCCUUUAGCAGACAUGUGAGUGCUGACGUCUAUGAGGUAGCCCAAUUCUUUGCUUUCCUCCUUGGUGCCUCCAAGACAACAUGCCAGUAUGCAUGACAUGGCACCAACACUGUCUCAUUUCGAUUAGGGAUCAAAAUCUUAGCUCGAAAUGAGACUUUGGCUGUGAAACUAUGGUUGUCAACAAUGGUCAAUACUGUACUCAAGUUAGACCGGUAUCUGCAAAAGUUAAUCCAAUAUUUCUAGAGCAAUCAGACCUCUCAUGAAGACCAAAGGAAAAUGUAGAAUAACUAGAAAUUUCAUUUUUUUUUCCUAGAAAUGAGUUAGAUGUCACCAAAUAAUGGAUAAAACCAAAAGAAAUUUGAUAAAAUUGAGAGUCAAAUGAAUUGGUUGAAAUGUAAUUGAGUAAUUUCAGUAAAGAUGGUUGAUCUAGUCAACUUCUCAUUGAUCCUAGCUUGAAUCCUAUUAAACUCACACAGGAAACAACAAAGAAUUCCCAAUGGCUUCAACCCUUUGAAUAGCUAACCUUCAUCACAGCUUGAGGUUUAUUAUGUGUUCAGGAUUAUGUCUCCAAUUUUGCUUCCAAUCACAAUAUGACAUCCAUUAAACCUAGCACAUAACUCAUCUCUUUCUUUACUCAUUGUCAGGCAGGUGAAAUUCAAUCAGCUAUUAAACAUUAA